UAGGCACAAUCCCCAAGUUCCAAACUGCAAAGGCAUAUUUAGAUUUAUAUUGUUUGUAAUGGCUUUCAUCUUGAAUAGACAAAUCAUUCGUGGGAUUGUGCCUGCAUUGUUGACAGUCUCAAUACUAGUGGAAAUAUGCUUCGCAAAAAAUGUUCCUGCUAUUUUUGUUUUCGGGGAUUCCUUGGUUGAUGUUGGAAAUAAUGACUACAUUUUAUCACUUGCCAAGGCUAAUUAUAUCCCUAAUGGGAUUGAUUUUGGAAUGGCAACAGGCCGAUUCACGAAUGGAAGAACAACUGUUGACAUUAUAGGUCAGGAAUUCGGUGUUAAAGACUACCUGCCUCCUUACUUGGCUCCCACUACAGCAGGAUCUGUGAUUCUGCAGGGUGUCAAUUAUGCUUCUGCUGGAGGUGGAAUUCUUAAUUACACUGGAAAGAUCUUGGGAGAUCGAAUCAACAUGGAUGCGCAAAUAGACAAUUUUGCAAACAGCAGGCAAGACAUAAUCUCAAACAUUGGAGCUCCUGCAGCACUAUCAUUGUUAGGAAAAGCAAUCUUCUUUGUUAUGAUGGGCUCAAAUGAUUUCAUCAAUAACUACCUGACACCUGUCAUCUCUGCUGCUGAGCAGAAGUUGAUCACCCAAGAAGUAUUUGUUGGCACCAUGAUUUCAAGAUUCAGACUACAACUUACGAGGCUUUACAAUUUGGGUGCUAGGAAGAUUAUUGUGGCAAAUGUUGGACCUAUAGGGUGUAUACCUUAUGUAAGGGAUACCAAUCCAGCUGCAGGGGACAACUGUGUUAGUUUGGCAAAUCAGUUGGCUCAAUUAUUCAAUGCUGAGCUGAAAAGCCUUAUCAUAGACCUCAGUGCGAAUCUUCAGGAAUCAAAAUUUGCCUAUGCAGAUGUUUAUAGAAUCGUAGAAGAUAUCCUGCAAAACUACAUAUCCUAUGGUUUUGAAAAUGCGAAUUCCUCAUGCUGCAAUCUUGCUGGGCGCUUUGGGGGUUUGAUUCCAUGUGGUCCUCUCUCAAAAGUUUGUAGUGACAGAUCCAAGUAUGUGUUUUGGGAUAUGGCUCAUCCUACUGAAGCUGCUAAUUUUCUCAUUGCAAGGCGUCUCAUUGAUGGUGACACCAAUGACAUUACACCUAUGAACCUUAGGCAAUUUGCUCGAUUGUGACCCAAAGUCUACGAUUGUAACCAGAUGCGUUCGAAGAUUGAUUUGAGAAAAAGUUAGUAGGAGAUUAGUACUCUUUUAAUGACAAUAACUGGCGUAAUUAAUUCGUAAGAAUAAAUAGAGGUACUCCAAGAAUAGUGACAAUGAAGCUUACGGAAACCACAUAAUAUUUGAGUAGGUAUGUUGUACACUGUUCUAGUUUUCUCACUAUCAUAUUAUUCUUA